CCCGCUACCAGUUUUUUUACGAUGGAAAAAAAAAACGAAAAAGUACUCAAGUUGAAGUCAGUCCCAAGACACCAAAGGCACCCCCAGGCAGUGAAGACGUCCAAUUCCUCGUCAUCAUGGCCAAAUCCACAGCUGUUACCAAGACGGCGACCGCGCCUACAUCGCUUGUAGCCCCUGAACAGACUCUUAAAGCCUCCAAGGCGCUGCUUGCGCAUAUCAAGAAGGCCACGGCCGAACAAGUCGCCUCUGAUACCAAGAAGGACAUCCUGGCCGAUCCCGAGUCGCCAGAAGCCGAAGUCCCCGUCUAUCUGACAUUGACGACGAAGCGACAUAUACACGAUACACACCGCCUGCAGCCGGGCAAGAUUCCCAUCCCGCAUUCCCUCAACACCGACCCCGAGUCCACCAUUUGCCUCAUCACCGCCGAGCCCCAGCGCGCCUACAAAAACAUUGUUGCGUCAGAGGAGUUCCCCGAGGCACUACGGAAGCGCAUCACAAGGGUCAUCGAUCUGUCCAAGCUGAAGUCCAAGUACAGGGUCUUCCAGGCACAACGGAAGCUCUACGCCGAACACGAAAUCUUCCUCGCCGAUGAUCGCAUCAUCAACCAACUGCCCAAGGCGCUGGGCAAGUCGUUCUACAAGUCCACCACCAAGAGGCCCAUCCCCGUCGUGCUGAUGGCGUCGAGAGGGAAGGUCGACGGGAAGCGCGCCCCCCUGCCGAAGGGCAAGAAGGAGAAGCGCGACCCGGCCGAGAACCUCAACGUGCGACCGACGGCUGAGAUAGUCGCCGAGAUCGAGACGGCCCUGAGCUCGGGCCUGGUGUCGCUGAGCCCGUCGACCAACACGGCCGUCAAGGUCGGCUACGCCAACUGGGCGCCCGAGCAGCUUGCCGCCAACGUGGACACCGUCGCCGCCGCCCUGGUCGACCGGUUCGUCCCGCAGAAGUGGAAGAACGUCCGGAGCAUCUACAUCAAGGGCCCCGAGACCGCCGCGCUGCCGCUGUGGCAGACCGACGAGCUCUGGGCAGAUGAGGCGCAGAUCGUCGCCGAUGGGGCGGAGAACGUCAAGGCGAUUGGCGCUGGAAGUGGGGAGAAGCCCAACAUUGGGAAGAAGCGAAAGUCGCUGGACGCCGGUGAUCUCGAUGGUGAGGCUGAGGGCGAGGGUGAGGGAGCCGUGGAAGAGCCCAAGCAGAAGAAGGGUCGCCCCGCCAAGAAGGCGAAGCUGCCGGAAAGCAAUGAUGACAAGCUCGACGAGGAGAUCUCGCAGCGGAAAGCGAAAUUGAAGAAGCAGAAGAAGGCGGCGAAGCAGGCAAUGGAGGACUGAGAAAGUCCAGGGCUGGAUUCUUUGCGCUUCCUCAUGUAAUUCGUCAUUGCAGGGUGUUUUAGGAGUUGAGGAUACAAAAAGGAGACUGUAGACUGGUCUAUACAGGGUUGAAAUCAUAUGGCAGAUUUUACGGCUCUCCCCAUGAAUGUCUUUAUUUUUUUACCAGGAAUGCACCCAAUACAGUGUUUGUAGAACAUACUCCUCUCUUCUACAUGCCACUCAGACCCUC